UGUGGAAAAAGCUAUUGGUGCUUAAAUAAAAUAAAUUAAAUAUACAUAUAAUUGCGUAAUGGAAUCGAUAGCUGCGGCGAUAUUUCUUGAGGAGGACGGCAACGCAUACGAGAAUGCUGACGCAAAAGUUGAAGGAGAAGAUUGCGAGAUAUGUGUGAUCCAUUUCAGAUGAGUGACGAAUUAUAAGAAAUUGAGCUUGAAAGAGAUAUAUCUUAAUUCAUUGAUUUACUUAUUUAGAUUCAAAAAAAACUUUAGGCUUAAUAAGGACGCUUUCAAGUACAUAUGUCCUAGAUACUUUCGCAGAAGAAACUCAACAAAGUACUUUGACGUCGUUAUCUCCGCUUAAUCGCGUAGUGGCUGCUUUGAGAUAUUUUGCGGAAGGCAGUUACCAACAUGGAGUUGGUACUGAUUAUAACGUCGGAAUGGGUCAGUCAACUGUGUCAAAGUCACUGUCUCAUUUUCUCGAAGUCAUGCAACGAAAGCUUUGCCGUGAGUAGAUCAAAUUUGACCAGAGUGAAGAGGAAAAAAUGCAAGCGAAGCAAGAGUUUUAUGCGAAGGCUAGUUUCCCAGGAGUAAUUAUGUGUGUUGAUGGUACGCACAUAAAAAUAGUGAAGCCAUCUGAAGAGGGGUUUCUAUAUUACAAUAGAAAAGGAUUUUAUAGCAUCAAUGCUAUGGUGGUGUGCGAUAACAGAAUGAGUAUAAAAAGCAUUGAUGCCAGGUAUCCUGGGUGCAAUCACGACUCGCAUGUAUGGGGCUUAAGCAAGCUUAGAUCGCAUAUGGAACGGCGAUAUCGGGAAGGUGAAAGAAACGCGUGGCUGUUAGGUGAUGCGGGAUAUCCAUUGCAGCCUUGGCUAAUGACUCCGUAUCGAUCUGUAACUCAAGGCAGCCGGCAAAGUAAUUACAACAUGCGGCACACCACAACAAGGAAUAUAGUAGAGCGGACUAUUGGGGUAUUGAAGAACCGUUUCCGAUGCUUGUUGGGUGCACGAGCACUACAUUACUCACCACACAAAGUUAGUCAAAUAAUAAACGUUGCCUGUGCCCUCCACAACAUUUGCAUUUACUACAAAGUGGAAGAUUUGAACGCAAGUGAAUUUAAUUUUGAAAGCCGUCAGGAGGAGGAGGAAGAGCAAAGCAGUGACCCCGAUUAUACUUCCAUAGCAAAUCGUAUUCGAGACAAUACACUCUCUACUUUUUAAUAAAUUUGAGA